UCCUUUUCCUGGUGGAUUUAGUUUCAGCAUCUCUUUCUGAACUUUUGUAAUUUGCUUAGUUGUAUAUUUGCUAACUCAGGUGCGGUAAAUUUCCAGAUCACAGAGAAGACAACUGUUCUAUCCAUUACAGACACCAGAAAUAGGUAAAUGCUGGCACAUGUGGGAAGGCCACUGUCAAAGAUACCUCAAGUAGAUGGGCAAACUCCUGUUCCUUAUGACGAGAUGCUUUCUACUCCCAAAAUUUACAAUUAUCAAGGAGUCGUGAAUGAAGAUUACAACAUUGCUAGUACACCAGCUCCAAAUGACUUACAGACACCUACUCUUGCUAUUGGAGUUCAUAAUGAUGUUGGAGACGAUGAAGAUGAAGAUGAGCCACCGUUGAAUGAAAAUGAUGAUGAUGAGGAUGAUGUAGAUGAGAGAGAGGAGGUGACACGGACGAAGAGCAGGUGGAAGUGCACACUUGAGGAUGGCAUAAUGCAUAUAAACAAUAAGGAUAUCCUUUUCAGUAAGCUGAUGAAAGACGAUGUCGGGCGCUGCUGUUUCGGAGUUCCCGGGCUGCCUGAAGGCCUCUCUUCUCAUCUCUUGCUGUCAAGACAGCGGUCGCUCCAGUCGAAGCUAAUGCUUGCCCCCUUGUUCGAUCCCGUCACCACGACUGCAUAA